GACUUCGACUUGCCUUUCGCGAUGACCGGCCUGCCGCAGAUGCAAGCGCCCUUCAAGCGCAGCCAGUUGUGGCAGUACCAGCCCCGUACGGACACUUGGGAGAAGGUCCUCGUUCUGCUCGGCCCCGGCAUUCUCGAGACCUUCGGCGGCGUCACUGGAAAGUGCCAAGCGCGGCUCAUGCUGGGAGCCACCGGCUCCGCCAAGCCAGAGCACGAGAAGCUCCCGCCGGAGUCCGAGGGCUACGCCUUCGAAGUGUCGAACUUCGUGCAAGCAGAGCCGACGUUGACGCACCUGCGCCUGGCGGCAUCAACGGAGGAGGAGAGGCAGGAAUGGCUCCUGGCCAUCAACG